AUAUGUAUACUCCAGCCUUGUCAAACGGACAGGAAAAGGUGCAAAAUAAAUAGCUAUGGAUGGAAGUCAAUCAAAAGCAACCGAUUCGCAAUUUAUAGUGUUUCAAGAUUUUCCUUCGAUAAAUCAUGAAGGAAAUAUUAACCAGGCACAACUGGAUAUCAAUACUUCGAGUCAUCAAGGUUUUAAUAACCUCUCAAAUGACAAUACGGGAAUGGGUAUUAUUGAGGAUCUUCAAGGAUUACCCGAUAAAGAUGAAGCCACGUCAUCGCAUAGUUUUUGGACUAUAGAGUAUUAUCAAAAAUUUUUCAAUGUAAAGACAAAUGAUGUGGUAGAAAGAAUCAAAAGAUCUAUAAUCCCACAUGGAAUAGACAAUUAUUUAAUAUCCCAUAUCAGACCUAAUCCAGAUCUUUAUGGUCCAUUUUGGAUUUGUGUCACUCUAAUAUUUUCUAUAGCUAUUAGUGGCAAUUUGGCAGGUUAUUUACAGACAGCUAAUUCAAGCAAAUAUCAUUGGAGGUACGAAUUUCAUAUCGUAUCUUAUGCUGCAACUUGUAUAUUUUUGUAUGCAUGGUUAUUGCCACUCAUACUAUGGGGUGCAUUAAAAUGGACCUAUAGCACAAGAAACACAGAGGAGGGAUUAAUUGAGACUCAUACAACUCCUGGUCUCUUAGAACUCUUAUGCCUGUAUGGUUAUUCUUUGGCUAUUUAUAUUCCGGUAGCUUUUCUUUGUACAAUUCAAAUUGAAUGGUUACAAUGGAGUUUAGUUGUAGUGGCAACCCUUUUAUCUGGAGGAGUGUUAUUGAGAUCUAUGUUACCUGUAAUAGCAGGGAAGUAUAGGAUAAUGUAUAUCAUGAUAAUCCUUGACAUGCAUCUCCUACUAGCAAUAGGAUUUAUGCGAUAUUUCUUCCACAUAUCAUCAAAUACCAUUCCCACGGAAGAUGUAACAGCGACCGUACAUGCGGAAGUCGGGUCACAAACUUCACAUAAUCGCUCUAGUAGUAACUAAUGGUAUUUUGAUUUACUCAAUCAUGGUGGAUUUGGAUACAUCUGUAUUUAAAAAUGAAUUGACAACAGUAUCGUGAAGCGCAUUUAUUCCAGUAAAUAUCGACUGUUAGAAUGAAGUGGUACAAAUCGCAUAUGUUUAUUGAACGUUAAUUCCGUCUUCGUGCAAGUAGAUGUAGUAUUUAUACUAUACCUGUGAACGAAAAAUAAAUGAAAAUAACUAAAAUUUGUCACAUUUGAGGCACUAGUGUUUAUUAAAAACAUUUCAGUCGACUCAUAUCAAGUAUAUAUAAUAUUCCUGUGUGUCAGGGCAAUAUAGAAGGCCAACAAAGUGUCUGGUUGAUUUAUUUGCACAGCCCCCAUUUUCAUAUAGGGACGCGUUACAUAUCAACGCAACACAUAUCAUUUACAAUCAUACGAACCUCCAUGUUGUACACAGUAAUUGUUAUUAGUACUCGUAAUACAAUAGAUAGUAUUUAUAGUUAUUAGUCGUCGUUAAUACAAUCGUACAUAAUUUAUUAAGUUUUCCUCCUUUAUUUACGAUUAACCAAUGUCAUAAAAGGCAACAUUCACUUUGUAGUAGUAUCGUCACAUUAUUAUCAUCGAUCUAUCCAUAUAUACCAUGGCAGUAAUAAUUUGCUUGCCAUUUAACGUUAUUACACAAACAAUGCAACAUUGACGUAUUGACGAAUAAGUUUCCAAUUGCUUACCAUGGCUUUUGCUAGAUUUCAUUUUUUUUUUCUUUUUUCUUUUUUUUUUUUACCACACGAAGACGGUUUACGUGAUCUUCGUCGGCGCCAUUACCGAAAGAAAUGAGUGCAUUGAAAAGCUACUUUUACUAAGAAUGUUCAUCUUGCCUAACGAACGGUAUGCAAUUUUGCGUUCAGACCUAAUUGUAAGUUAAAGGUAUUUCUUCUCGUUUCCUUAAGUUUUUCAAAAAGUACCAACAUGAUAAUCUUGUAUAAGUCCAUCAAGCGAUUCGCAAGAGAUAACACGAUAGUAAAAUUUAGUAAAUGUUUCGAGGUCUACGAAGUCUCCCGUUUUGCAAGCCUUGUCGAUGUGAGCCUCGCGUGUACAAAAUACAAAAAAGUUCGAGCAGAGUUUGACUUCUCUAUAGAAAGAAGUGAAACGCCUCUCGUAGCCUGUAUUCUCGUCCACUCUCGUCCAACCCUGUUUGGAUUUGUUCAAUUACUGAAAAUUACGAUCGCAACACAAUAUUCGUCGGCCUGUGGUGCGAUUGGAAACUCAUUGACACGAAUUAACCCGGUGUUCAAGCUCGAAUACUAUAGCAAUGAAAUUGCUAAUAUUUUUAACGAGUUGAACACAAGAAGUAGAUUUCGUCGUUCGUUCAAAAUCUAAAUCAAUACUAGACAUAACCUUAGCCAUACUGUAGUAUGGCCGUAUACACAAAUCUGUUUAAGGAACACGAUAUUGGAUUAUACAUGGUGAGAUAGGCGCAAAAAUUACGGAAUAAUGCCGUGCAUUCAAUGACGUAUUUUUAAUACUGCAAAACAAAACAUUCUUUUAUUAGAUCGGUUUUCUUCCUUGGACAUUGGUAUCCUCGAUAUACAAGCUACCAGAAUUUCUGUUCGAGCGUUUAACUCAGUAAAGCGUUUCGACAAUCACGAAACCGUCGGAACGAUAUUCUACAAUUUACGGCUAGUGCUCACAACGACUUGGUCCAACGUGUUUACAAGAUAAUUACAGUCAAAGUUUGCGAAUAGGCAGGAGCAAUAAUAACGAGUAAUAAACCUACGACAGUCUACUUAGUUACUUGUUUUCCCUUCUCUCGAUCUUUCCUUCGACGUUACACGCAACGUUACUUUGUUUCAUCUUUUGUUUUCCUUUCUUUAAAGUCUCGCGAUUCUCAACGCGUUUACACGAACAGGGAUAACGUGUUAAACGGAUUGAGAAACGGAUGUUAAUAGUUCUUAUUACCGUUAUUUACAAUAAGG